AUGGCGAGAGCAUCUUACGCAGCCCCCGAGGUCGCCGGCAACGUCGAGGAGGCCAGGGACCUCGAUUCGACCGGUCUCUGCCUCCUGUCCCUCGAUGGCGGCGGGGUCAGAGGGCUGUCGAGCCUGUACAUCCUCAAAGGCCUCAUGACGAGGCUGAACUUUGAGCGACAGGCGGUUGGACUCAAAAGAGUGAAGCCUUACGAAAUUUUCGAUCUGAUAGGAGGUACCAGCACCGGAGGAAUCAUUGCCAUAAUGUUGGGUCGGCUGGAGAUGGACGUGGACGAAUGUAUCAAGGAGUACAAGGUGAUGAUGAAGAAGGUGUUCAAGAACAAGAGGAGUGCUUUUUUCGUGUCCGUCACGGGCAACGUCAAGGCCAGGUUCUCGUCCCGGACGCUCGAGACGGCCAUCAAGGAAGUUCUCAAGAGCAAAGGGUUCAAGGAAGACGACCUGCUCUUGGACGAAGCAAAUCCGGAAGCGGCUGGAAAGUGCAAAGUCUUCGUCUGUGCCAAAUCCCAGGAAGGUAAUCACAUCAGACGGCUGAAGAGCUACAACGUGCAAGGAAGGCAGGAGGAAGACAACCCGCGGAUCUGGGAGGCGGCGCUUGCCACGUCGGCGGCGCCGUCCUUCUUCGACCCCGUCCAGAUCGGGGCGUGCAGCUACGUCGACGGCGCCAUCGGCGCCAACAACCCGGUCAACCAGGUGGAGGAGGAGGCGGCGGACAUCUGGUGCGAAGAGACCGGCCGAGUCCAGCCGCUCGUCAAAUGCUUCAUAUCGGUCGGCACGGGCCACGCCGACUUCACCACGAUCAAGAACAGCUCGUUGAGGUCCGUGGCCCACAGCAUCGAGAAGGUCGCCACCGAGACCAAGAAGACGGACAACGAGUUCACCGGCAGGUGGAGGGAGCAUCUGGACACCCGCUAUUUCCGGUUCAACGUCGAGGAAGGCCUGCACAGCGUCCGCCUGGCCGAGUACAAGCAAGAGGCCGUCAUCGACGCCGGCACCCGACUCUACCUGGACGGUCACGGCGUGAAGCGCAAGGUGAGGGCGUGCGUGCAGAAUCUGAGACAGAAAAGAUAUGAGCCCGAUCGCGCCUUUUGUCUAGAGCAGACACAGCUGCAGGAACUGCGGGAGAAGAGCGAGCAGCGAGACCGAGAGCGUCCCCAGAUGUUGGGCACCACGAGUGAAAUCUCCGAACUCGUUGGGAGAGGCGACGCCAACCGACGAAAAUCCCCCAGCACAGUCAACAAGGAGGAUCUGCUCAGUGCGCAAGAAGACUUCACCCGCGCUCUCCGGGGCAUGAACUCGCAGCACCCGCUCCCCAAGGCCAAGGAGUUUGCCCGCAUCUACCAGAAGCUGAUGUCGACGUCCCUGAGACUCAGCCAUCUGCUGGCGUUCACCGAGACGGAGCGCAUGGCGUACGUGCGCGAGGCCGAGAAGCACGGCACGUACGCCAUGGAGCACGCGAUUCGGUCGCACAAUGACCAGCGCGUCACGCAGAUGCGCUUCUACAUGUCCUGUGUGCACGCCAGGGAGGCCUGCUUGAUGGCCGAAAUGGGCAUGCUGCAGGGCGAUGAGCUGGCUUCGAGACGCGAUCGGGCACUGGAAGACAUCUCGGUCUCCCUGAGCGAACUCCAGAGCUUUGAAGAUAUGGAUAUGGCUGUGUACGAGGUCAUGGCAAGGGAAUAUAGCCAGGCUUUGUCCCGUGGAGGGCGGCGGCCGUGA